AUGAGGCUCCUCAAUGUAGGCCUCCUGGCCGCAGCAGCCCUAGCAAACGGAAUAGAAGCAUCAGGGAAUACCUCAACCUCAACCUCUUCAUCUCUGCUCUCCUCCGGAAAUCUAAACCUGGGCGCGUACCAAUCCGCCUACGAAAAGGCCAAAACGCUAGUGUCCAGCCUCAACACCACUGAGAAGAUCACCGUCAUCACCGGCGGCUCCAUCGAUGGCGUCUGGACAGCCCUAGAAAGCAAAGACGGGAUGAGCUCCGUCAACCAGCAGUACUACGUCUCCAGCUUCCCGCUCGACAAUGCACUGGCCAUGACUUGGAACCGCAGUCUCGCCUAUGACCAGUUCCUUGCUACAGGGAAGGAGUUUUACGGGGUGGGCUAUAACCUUGUUAACGGCCCCGUGUCUGGUCCCCUUGGUCGCACGCCCUGGGGUGGUAGAGGCGUUGAGUCGUUCUCCCCGGAUCCGUACUUAUCCGGUAUCUUUACCGGCGAGGCAAUUUCGGGCCAGAAUGCAGCUGGUGUUGUUUCGACGGGUCGACACUUCCUCUUGAAUGAACAGGAGACGAACCGGAUGGGGAUGGGGGAUAGCGAGUCGUACUCGGCGAAUGCGGGCGACAAGGCCACGCACGAGCUGUAUCUCUGGCCGUUUGCCGACGCAGUCAAAGCCGGCAUGGGAGCGCUCAUGUGCGGCAUGAACCGGGUGAACGGGACGUAUUCCUGCGAGAGCAGUGCCAUCCUCGACCGCAUGCUGAAGACCGAGUUGGGCUUUCCGGGUCUCGUGCUGGGGGACGUCGGUGGACAGAAAACGGCUUAUAACGCCGCCAAUGCGGGCUUGGAUUAUGGGUCGAGCCAGUACUGGUCUGACGAUAUCAUCACGGCUGGCCUGCGCAAUGGAUCUCUAACUGAGGCUCGGUUGGAUGAUAUGGUUAUGCGCAAUGUCAUCGGAUUCUUCUAUGUAGGGCUCGACGACGGAAAGCAGCCCUCUGUUGCUGCUACCACUGACGACCGACGCGUGCGGGCAAACCACUCUAAGCUGAUCAGGCAAGCUGGCGCUGAAUCCCUUGUGCUCCUGAAGAACACCGCCGGCGCAAAUAGUGGUCUCCCACUGAGCGAGGGUGGCUCGGUAUCCAUCUUCGGCGCGCACGCAGGCUCAGGCAUCGCCGGACCAAACCACGCAUUCAGCAUCAUGGGCUCCGACGGGGAUACCUACGAAGGGCAUCUCACCAACCCGACCGGCUCGGGUGCAGGAUCCGCAGCAUACAUCAUCUCACCGCAGAUAGCUCUAACCAUGCGCCAGCGCGAGAGCGGCGGUAUGCUGUGGUGGAUUACAAACGACACGUACUCCGGCAGCACCAGCUCAGGAAUGGGUGGAGCUGGGGCCAUUGGUGGCGCUGGUUCAGGGACAUCAGAGAGCUACUCGUAUGCCAACUACGCCAGUAGUUCCGACGCAUGCCUCGUGUUCCUAAAUGCCUUCUCCGGGGAGGGCGCAGACCGCGGGGAGCUAUACAACUCCGAGCAGGAUGCGAUGGUCCUCGAGGUAGCAUCGAACUGCAACAAUACCAUCGUCGUUAUUAACACUGUCGGUCCCCGGCUAGUGGAGAAAUGGAUCGAGAAUGACAAUGUGACCGCUGUUCUCUAUGGCGGACUACUCGGCCAGGAAUCCGGCUUCGCCAUCACGGACGUCCUCUAUGGCGACGUGAACCCGAGUGGAAAGCUCACGCAUACGAUCGCCAAGAAGGCGAGUGCCUACCCAGCUUCGAUAUGCGAGACUACGAAUUGCAAUUUCACGGAAGGCGUGUAUAUCGAUUACCGCUGGUUCGACGCGAGGAAUAGCACGCCGAGAUAUGCCUUUGGGCAUGGACUUUCGUAUACAACAUUCGGUUACGGUGCGGUUCGCGCGAGAAUAACGGAUGCAGCAGCUCUCGAUUCUAAGUAUCCGACGGGACCUCUCGGCCUAGGUGGGUAUGAGGAUCUCUUUGAUGAGGUGGUAGAGGUUACCACUACGCUCUCGAAUACCGGGGGCGUGGAUGGUGCGGAGGUUGCGCAGCUGUAUGUUACUUUCCCCCCUGAGGCGGCACAGCCGGUUCGUGUUUUGCGUGGGUUUGAGAAGGUUCAGGUGCCUGUCGGUGAGGAUGCUCAGGUGUCGUUCUCCCUGCGACGGAGGGAUCUCAGCUAUUGGGAUGUGAGGGCGCAGCAAUGGGCGGUUGCGCGGGGGGUGUACAAGUUUUCGGUUGCUGCGAGUUCAGUGGAUAUUCGGGGCACAGCGACAGUUAAGAUCUGA